AUGGCCGAAACAACCAAUCCCCGGGCCGAGCUCCCGGUCGAUGUGUUCAGCAUCAUUGAGCGCACCUGCUCCGUCUUUUCCCUCCUCGGCUCAGUCCUUGUGAUUGGCACCUUUUGCGCCUCCAAAGCGUUCCAUAAACCCAUCAACCGUCUAGUAUUCUAUGCCUCGUUUGGCAAUCUCAUGACCAAUGCUGCCACGUUGAUGGCUCGGUCCUUCAUCGCGAAUCCAAGAUCGGCUGGCUGCCAAUUCCAGGGAUUUCUUAUUCAAAUGUUCAUGCCCGCUGAUACAUUUUGGACAUUGGCCAUGGCGGUCAAUGUGUAUUUGACCUUUUAUUUCAAGUUUGAUGGAGCUCGGUUACGAAAGAUGGAAAUCCCCUAUCUUCUUUGCUGCUAUGGGAUUCCCUUCAUCGUCGCCCUCACCUUCAUCUUCAUUGAGACCCCGGAAAAAGGCAAGAUGUAUGGGAACGCAACGCUGUGGUGCUGGGUGAGCCCUAGGUGGGACAUCUUCCGCAUUGCGACGUUCUACGGACCGAUCUGGAUUGUUAUUCUCAUCACCUUUUUCAUUUACAUCCGCGCCGGCCGCGAAAUCUACAAGAAACACAAGCAACUCCGUAACUUUAGCACCAGUCACCACGACCACGAACCGAUCACAGAGGACCCCUUCAGCUCGGUCAAGACCACCGAGGUUUCGGUUACCUCUGAAGUCAUUGACAAAAGUCUUGCAACCUUGGGCAUCGUACAAAGCGGAAACGAACAACCGAAAGCACCGAAUGCUGCCUACUCAGUUCACAUAUCAUCUAACAAGCGAGCUCCCGAGCGGGACUCUUACGGCGAUAUACCGCCGACCACACAAACUAACAUCACAAUCGAUCCUCCGACACGCAACGCCACCGCUGGGGCUAACCCACUCCGCCGUCGAGCUGCCUAUGAAGCCAACAAUGCGACCUGGUCCUACACAAAGUGCUCCAUCCUAUUUUUCACCGCCAUGCUUGUUACAUGGAUUCCUUCUAGCGCCAACCGCGUGUAUUCUGUCGUCCAUAGGGAGCAAGCGUCGCUUCCACUUGAAUACAUGUCCGCCUUUGUGCUUCCUCUCCAAGGUUUUUGGAACGCCAUCAUCUACGUCGUCACAUCGUGGAGAGCGUGUCAACUGCUGUGGGAGGAUACCAAGGCCUGGUUUGGACACAAGGAUCAGCAUUCCCACGGCGAUGGUUCCUUCCAGAUGAUGAGCAGCGGACGGAACGCAUUCAAGAACAGCGACAAGACGUACGAGACAGAAAGCAUGACGGAGUUGGCGGGGUCGGCAUCACACGCCGAGGAUCGGUCUCCCAUUGAGCCACCUUCAAAUACGCUGGGUCGAGAUUGA